AUGCGCCGUUCGCUGGAGAAGAAUGACGACAUCGAGUCGGUCAAACAACAUGAUUUCCAGAGUCAGAACGAAACCCCCCCGAAAGUUUUCAACAGCAAAAGUAUAGCCUUUGAAGAGAGUAUGUCAACGGCUGAAGUCUCAGCGGACAGCAAGCCACAAACUUCUAUCAAUGGUCCAGAGGCUCCACCAGUGGAACCAAGCAUUGGCAAUAAAGGAAUGGAGUCAGGAAACGCUUUCUCAUGGCUUCGCUCGAUCACUUGGAUCCCUGAGAGAUGCCGUUAUGAUCCAGAGAACCCUCCUCAAUUUUCACUACCAAUGAACAUGUUGUUGGGUUUGGCUGGAACCUUUACUGUAGCGAACCUCUAUUAUCCCCAACCUAUAUUGAACAUACUGGCCGAAGAAUUCAACGUUAGCUUUGAACGGGCAUCCACAGUAGCAACACUGUCACAAGCUGGAUAUGCUGUAGGACUUCUAUUUCUAUGUCCGUUGGGCGAUAAGCUUCGCCGGCGGCCUUUCGUGUUGACAUUGAUAUGGCUUACAGCUACGGUGUGGCUGGGUCUGUGUCUUACCAACAACUUCAGCGUCUUUAUCGCAUUAUCUUUCAUAUGCGGUGUCGGAACUGUGACGCCUCAACUUAUGCUUCCCUUAGUAGGUGACUUGGCCCCUCCACACAAGCGGGCGAGUUCGUUGUCUAUAGUAGUAUCCGGACUCGCUCUUGGAAUGCUCAUAGCUAGAGUUCUAUCGGGUAUUCUGGCAAAUUUCACUUCGUGGCGAAAUAUCUAUUGGUUGUCUUUCGGAGCCCAGUAUUUGAUUCUCAUUCUUCUGUAUUUCUUCUUGCCAGACUACCCUGCUAAAGAUCCGGAUCUUUCAUACUUCCAGCUAUUGUGGGAUAUCAUCACGAUGGUAGUGAAGGAGCCCCUUUUACUCCAAGCAUGUCUCAUCGGAUUCCUCUUGAGCGCUGCAUUCACAUCCUUCUGGACGACCUUGACCUUUCUCCUUGCAUCGCCGCCUUACUCAUACUCGUCUCUGGAAAUUGGAUUCUUCGCCUUCAUCGGUAUUGCAGUUAUCACGUUGGGUCCUCUCUGGUCACGGCUCAUAACCGACCGCUUCAUGCCGCUGUUCUCUGUCAUCCUCGGCCUGUGUUUCGAGAUCAUCGGGAUCGUCAUCGGCACGUUCAUCGGGCAGUGGACCGUUGCGGGUCCCAUUGUUCAAGCCAUCACAAUGGACACGGGCGCGAACUUUGCUCACACUGCCAAUCGGACUAACGUCUACAACCAGCUUCCGCCGAGGAUGAGGAACAGGGUCAACACGGCGUACAUGGUCUUCAGUUUUGCUGGGCAACUCACCGGAACUGCCGUGGGAAACCGGCUCUAUGCACAGGGCGGGUGGAUCUGGAGCGGGAGUUGCAACAUUGCUUUCAUCGGCUUCGGUAUUAUCUUGUGCUUCAUGAGAGGACCGAGAGAGACAAAGUGGGUGGGAUGGCGUGGUGGUUGGAAUGUGCGAAAGGAUAUGAUGCUAGAAACCGAUGAACCCACCCCCAGCCCAGAGCGGAUGGCAGAAGAGGCCGGUUCUGUGACAAUAGAAGGCACAGCACAACGGCAAGAGAUCAAGACUUAG